AUGUCUACCCCUCGCACUUCUUUACGACAGGGGCUACGCCAGGCCCCGAAGGUCAACCAGCCCUUUAUCCCUGACACCACUCCAGCUCGUCGGUCACAUAUUCAACAUGAGUUUACAUCACCCCAACCAUCAACGAGUCCCCACCCCGUGAAUUUUAAUCCGGCUGCCAAUCCCCAAAACUCGCAGUUUGCCGUCGACAGCUGGGAAGGAAAGGACCACAGACAGCUUCCCAUGUCAACACGAGAAGUUCCAACCCCAGGAAAUCGACCAGUCCUGUUUGCCAAUCUCCGUGACCCAGCCAAGGCACCCCGGCAAGUGGAUUAUUACGAUCCCUACUUUCCCUUGAAGUUUUUGGAGGUCCCAAGAAGUCAGUCUCCCCCUUCAAGCCUUGGAUACUCCCCAUGGACUAAUGCCCUCUCAGCCGAUCAUAUUUACAAGCGUGCUCACUACGGUCUGCAGUCUGGCAUUCCAGAUGAAGUUGACUUUGCAUUGUACCAUCUCGUACAAAUCUCAAAUCAACGAUGGGACAAGUUCAAAUUUGAAGGAUUCCCGCUGCUUGCUGAGACACUCAUGCAAAAGGCCCUUGACAUUACACAUCUCUGCACAGGCGUCAAAUGGGAGUUUCAAUACGAUCCUCUUCAGCCUAUUGACCGUGUCAAUGUUCUGAACUCGCUACAUGGCACACGCGACCUUCUUGAUAAGAUCCAAAAUAUCCCAGUCAACCUUCCCACCGACAGUCUCGAGACCGACGAAUUCAACCACCAGCUACGGAACAUCAAAGAGGCAACCUUAGUGCUCAGGAAUAUGGUAUUGUUGAAAGAGAACGCAUUCUAUGUAUCACGCUAUGCGAAAGGUCUAUUGCGAGACUUCUUGGUUAUUUUGAUCAACAUUCCGAAUCAACCCCGACUCAAUGAAAUCAAGAAUGAUGCUCUCGAUAUUGCCGAAGAAGUUACAAAGUUCUUGCGUACUGACCCGGAAGACCCCCUGUGGAUCUCUCUUGUGAAAUGCAUCGACUCUCCUGAUCGCGCGCAUGUGGUACGAGCCCUUUGGGCUCUGACCCAUUUCGGUACAGAGUUGGAUGAUGCGGAUGCCAACCGGUCCAUGGAGAGUUUGGCAAAACCAACUCUGCAGCAACUGUACUAUCACACUCUUCUUGAUCUCGAUAAGGACAUUCUGAGCGGCGCAUUGGACUUGUGGUAUCAAUACACUCUCAGUCCUGACAACAUCGAAACAUUGAUGGAUGUUGUCAACUUCCCAAUUGUCUUUGUCCCACGCAUGGUCGCACUAUUAACCUACGAGGCUCGACCGACUAGAAAGGAGACUGUUCUCCAAGAAGAAAAAGUUGCACCUCCACCAACUGACAUCCCUCGUGUGCCACCUGAACUUUUGGAGAAGCUCAUGGAGCUGUCAGAACCAGAGCGCAGCUCACAGUGGCUGCGUUGCUGCUUCAUCGAAGACGCAGAAUGCGAGAUCACCCAGAUCGCUCUAUGGCAAGCAUACCAGAGCCGAUUUGCAGACCCCCGUAUUGCCGGAGGUGGUGUCCUACCUGCUGCUGAGUUCAUCAAGAAUGUUAGUAACACCUUUACGAACGCACAAGCACAGGUAAUCAACGGGCCGGGCCCUUCCACCAAGUUCAUCAUCAAGGGCAUUCGACCCCUGGAGAUUGCACACACUUUUGAGGCGUUCCCCUAUGUCUACUGCAGAUGGGCCGAUAACUCCAAGCCUUCGAAAAUGUGUCAACGCGCAUUCACAAGCCCGACAGACCUACGGACUCACGUCUUCGGCGAUCACAUGAGCCUCGAACCAGCAGAAACCGAAGGCCAAUACAAGCUGGAUCCCGCAGAGACUGCCAUCCACACCUGCCAAUGGGACCACUGUGCACGAUUCCGAGCAUCUGGCCCCAGCGCCAACACAUCCAUGGUCGCUGGGCACGUCUCCUCACAUUUACCCGAAGACCGUCCCGCCGACGCCCAACCCCCAAGUUCCAAGCGCGCAAUCCUACAAGAGCGCAUUGUCCGCAAGUGGUUCUACAUGGACACCCCAAUCAACGAGAAGGGCGACCCCUUCGGCAUAGCCUACAAGGCCGCAUUGGUCCUGCGCAACAUCGCCCGCGGCCUGCCCAACCGCACAACGUCCAAGUACGGCGGCCUACCCUGGAAGAAGGCAUGCUUCGUCAGCCAACGGCCAAAGAUUGUCGAAGUCUGGGACCGGAACCGCGCCCUACGCAAGGAACUGACCGAGCUGAUUAUGGUGAUUGAAAAAGAGGUCGACUACUGA